GUAGGAAUUUUUCCAAGUGAAUGUGUACAGAUCUUUGAUAGUAAGCCGGAUUUAAAUAUCGAUGACAAUGUGAGUGAACAAAAUCAAAUCCAUGACCGACAUCAACGUCGGUCAAUGUCUAUUGUAUGGACAUUGCUUAAACGAAACACUAUACGAAAUAUACCUGUGUUUGGGACAGAUUUAAUCGAAUAUUUGCAUAAAACUGGACAAGAUGUGCCAACAAUCCUAAAGAAAUGUGUUGAAGUGAUCGAAGAAUGUGGAAUUGUGACCGGCAUUUAUCGUCAAUGUGGCAUUAAAUCAAAUAUUCAAAAGCUCAAGUGUGGAUUCGAUUCCGGUAAAUUGCCGAACCUUUUUCAUGAAACAAUUCUGAAAGAUAUUCAUAGUGUAUCUUCUCUUCUUAAGCAAUAUUUUCGUCAACUUCCUAAUCCUUUGUUCACUUUUGAACUUUACUCUGAUUUUGUUUGCGCUUAUGAAGCGAACGAUGAAAGCAAAGUUGAACGAUGCAAGGAUGUUCUAAAACGUCUUCCAGAUGAACAUUAUAGAACUGCGAAAUAUCUAUUUAACCAUUUGCAUCGACUUUGUCAACUCACCCAUUUAACCGAUAUGAAUUCUAAAAAUCUUGCUAUUGUAUGGGCACCGAAUCUGUUUAGUGCUUCAAACAAUCAUUUAUCGUUUAGAUGUCCGCAACGACAAAAUGACGACGGCACUUGUAUUUUACGUGGUUUAAACGCUCAAACGGGUCUUUGUAAUUUUUUGCUUAUUCACACUGUUCAUUUAUUCCCUAAUGACACAAGUAAUUUAACGAUGUGCAAUGAAUUAUUAUCAUGUUCAACAAGAAAUGAUGAUCAGCAAACCAUUGCGAAUUUUAGUAAAAGAAACUAUUUUAAUAUAAAUGGAGAACCUUCUGUCGACAAUGCAUAUUCUAAUCUAAAAAAUAAAUGGAAGGCAUUUGAAAAAAAAAAAUUGAACGGCGAUUAUCAUUCGCAAACUGUUAAAUGGAGUUUAAAGCAAUCAUUUUAUCAAUUUUCAAUCCAAUUUUAUCAAAGAAAAAACGAUAUUCGGAAAAAUUUCAAUAUUUAUAUUAUGUCGAAUUUGUCAGUUUCACUUUUCAGGAGCCCUUCAUUGGAUACAUCGGAAAUAUUACGUUCGAAACGAAGUGCUUCAUUAAUUUCAUUUGUCACAAGAAGCGUUGAAGAAUUUCAAAAUCGAGUAGUUCAAACUUGGAAAAGUUGUGCGCCAGCAAAUCGUUUUACUAAAGAUGUUAAUUCUAUCGAAGAUGGUUCAAAUGAUUUUAUUAUUCAGAAAUCCAUUUCUAAUUUAAAUCGUAAUGACGGAAAUGGACAACUGAUCGCUGCCAAUAAUCAUUCUGUGGUUUGA